AUGUCCAUACACCUAAACAAAUACUUGGUACUUUGCAACGGUGAUAUAUAUCAAUCAAAUUAUGGAGACAUGGAAACCACUAGCAUAACUGGUACAAUUUUUAACUUGAAUUCAUCACAACUAAAUGAUUGUGCCGUGCUUGUAGACUGGAAACAUAGAACAUACCCACUUUCAAACGGUACCUAUGUACUACAUAACAUGGUACCGGGUGAAUACAUUAUUACAAUUUCCCACCCUGAACUGAUGUUCCAUGAUGUGUUCAUCAUUAUCACCAAGAUCCAAGGCGCUUUUAGAGUUUUAGCAUCAAGGUAUUCUCCUUACUAUGGCAGGGAGGGUAAAUCAUGGGAUAAAAUCGCACACCAGCCCAUUGGAUUAUACAGUGAAAUUUCCUCUGAAAGUUUCAUGUUAAAUUUCAAAAUGAGUAUGCCAAACAUUUUAGGCCUUGUCUUAGUUUUAUUGGUAAUAUAUUCAAUCGUUUACACACCAACAAUUCUCACCAAAAGGAAACUAUUUGCCAUGCUUUACGACAUUGAGUGGCUGUCAAAGAAAACUGGUCAUGGCUGGAUACAAAUAUCGGAGCUCACAAAACAGUAUAUUAACAAAGAUUUGAAUAAAUCAGAUUUCACCCAUGAAAAAUUGAAAGAAAUUGAUUGGGGCACUAUAAAUAACGUAGAAACAUAUAGCGAUGACAUGGCAUCCCCAUUCAUGUCCAAGAUUCUACAUGUUGCUCAGUCACUACGGCCUUAA